AAUCCUGCGAAAUCCGGGCACCCCGGGCAGAACGUACGAAACCCGGAGCUUCUGGAGAGAGCUGAAGGGCUGAGAUUUUGAUCCCGAUUCAGCUACAGAGAGAAGGUUGAUAAGAUCAUUUGCUGGGGUGCUGCGUCUGAUCUGAUUCUUGUUUCGGAAAAUAUGGAAUGGCCGACGAAUUUGGAUGAAUAUGAAAAGCUUCUUAUUCGUAUGUCUACGCCGAGGGUCAUGAUCGACAACGCGGGUUGCUCUAACGCGACGCGGCUCACGAUCGACAGUGCAAGAAAACAUGGGAUACUUCUAGAAGCUGUUCAAGUUUUGACAGAUUUGAAUCUGUCCAUUAAAAAAGCUUACAUUUGUUCUGAUGGCCGGUGGUUUAUGGACGUUUUCCAUGUCACUGACUUAAAUGGAAACAAAGUAACUGAUCAGAGUGUGAUGGGCUACAUUGAGCAGUCUCUAGAGACAGUUCAUUAUGGGAGAUCAAGAAGCUUAGAGGGCUUAACAGCUUUGGAGCUAACGGGUACUGAUAGAGUAGGCCUUCUUUCGGAGGUUUUUGCAGUGCUGUCAAACCUGCGUUGCAAUGUUGUUGAUGCAAAGGUUUGGACUCACAAUGGUCGAAUCGCAGCCUUUAUAUAUGUUAAGGAUGAUGAUUCAGGAUCACCAAUAGAGGAUUCACAGAAACUAGGCAUUAUAGAGGCAACCCUGAGGAAUGUACUAAAGGGGGACAAUGAUAUCCGGAGUGCCAAAACCUCGGUUUCUUUGGGGGUCACGCACAUGGAGAGGAGGCUUCACCAAAUGAUGUUUGCAGACAGGGAUUACGAUAGAAAACCGAACAUCAAUACUUGCGAUUCCCCUGUUGUUUUGGUUCAAAAUUACUUGGAGAAGGACUAUUCCGUGGUAAAUAUCCAGUGUAGAGAUCGUAAUAAGCUCCUUUUCGACGUCGUUUGCACAUUAACAGACAUGCAAUAUGUUGUCUUCCAUGCCACUGUAGAUACAGCACAGAACGAAGCAUCCUUGGAAUUCUUCCUCAGACACUUGGAUGGAACACCUAUAAGCUCGGAUGCCGAAAAGCAUCGUGUGAUUCUGUGUCUACAAUCCGCAAUAAAAAGAAGGGCAUCUCAGGGUGUGAGCCUUGAGCUCUGUACAGCAGAUAGAAAAGGUCUCCUGGCCGACGUAAUGCGAACAAUUCGAGAAAAUGGCUUAAACGUUACGAGGGCAGAGAUAUCUACCACAAGGGACACAGCUCUAAACGUCUUCCACGUGACAGAUGCAUCCGGGAAUCUUCCAGAUGCAAACAUCAUAGAAUCAGUUCGACAGAAGAUCGGUUUGAGUAAAUUGAAAGUUAAGGAACUCCAGUCGUUCCAUCGGAAAAAGGCUGAGCGGGACGACCCCGCCAUGACAGGCACUGGCGGGGGGGCCAUGCUGCUAUCCCUUGGGAGCAUCUUGAGAAGGAAUCUAUACAAUUUGGGAUUGAUCAAAUCUUAUUCCUGACAAGAAAUCUUAAAGCGAUCGAACCGACACUCUUAAAAGUUCAUUUUGUUUGGUGGCAUAUAUAAUUGGUGAAAGGCAUUUUACAGAAGGAGAUUUAGAUUUAAAAGAACAGGUAUAUCAUCAUGCUUUGAUGUAUGACACACCCAUCAAUUCGUGUAUGUAUAUAUAUAUAUAUUUGAUUGAAUUGAAUAGAAUAGCAGGUAAAUAUAGAUGGGAAAAUUGGAAAAUUUA